AAAAGUCAUCUUUAUAAUUCCGUCGUUAACCCCAUAAGCUCGCUCACUGGAUUCUGGAAGUUGAAAUAUUAACUUCAACUAAAGUUCCGAUCCAGAAAAUCUCAACUCCUUCCUUUGAUCAACAAGUUGCAAUCUUUCCCUUUUAAUCUUCUGGUAUAAGGUUUCAUUGACAACGAGGAAGAUGGCUAUGGGGGGGAAGUAUUCUCGUGUAGACGGGAAGAAAUCAUCGAGCUAUGGGUUAACCAUCACCAUUGUUCUGAUUGUUUCCCUCUGUUUAGUUGGGACAUGGAUGUUCACGUCUUCUUGGUCUGCCCCGGAUGACUCUGCUGGCUAUUCUUCCUCUACUGAUACUUCAAAAGACGUGGAGUCUGUUACUAAGAAUGAGUUUAAAAAAGAAGAAGGUGACGUGAAGAAGGAGGCUGCGAGUGAGGAUAACCAAGUGAAGACUGAUCCUGAAGAAAGCUCCGGUGAGGUGGUCGAGGAGAGAAAGGAGAAUGAUGAUGGAGAUGGGGAGAAAGAGAAGGUUGUUAAAGAAGUAGAAUCCGAAAGCGAUGAAUCAAAGGAGAAGGUUGUGAAAGAAGCAGCAGAGUCUGAAAGCGAUGAGGCGAAGGAGAAAGAGAAAACUCAGCUUGAAGAGAGCACAGAAGAAAACAAAUCCGAGGAUGGUAAUAAUGGAGGAACUGAUGAAAAGGCUGAAGAGAAAACGGAAGAGAAUACUGAAGAAAGCACGGAGAAGAGUAACAAGGAGGUCUUUCCAGCCGGUGACCAGGCUGAGAUUACAAAAGAGACGAGCACCAAAGACGGAUCUUGGUCAACCCAACUGGUCGAGUCACAGAACGAGAAGAAAGCACAACAGUCUAAAGACCAAACAAGCUACGAAUGGAAAACGUGCAAUGUGACUGCUGGACCAGACUACAUCCCUUGCCUUGACAACUUGCAAGUCAUCAAAAAGCUUCAGUCUACGAUGCAUUACGAGCACCGCGAGCGUCACUGUCCUGAGGAGUCUCCACGUUGCCUUGUGUCUCUCCCUGAUGGGUAUAAACGAUCCAUCAAGUGGCCAAACAGCAGAGCAAAGAUCUGGUACAACAAUGUUCCCCACACCAAGCUUGCAGCGAUCAAGGGACAUCAAAAUUGGGUGAAGAUGAGUGGUGAGCAUCUCACUUUCCCUGGUGGUGGUACUCAAUUCGUGAACGGUGCUCUUCACUACAUUGAUUUCAUCCAAGAGUCAUAUCCUGCUAUUGCGUGGGGAAAUAGAACCCGUGUUAUAUUGGAUGUUGGGUGUGGAGUUGCUAGCUUCGGAGGUUUCCUUUUCGAAAGAGACGUGCUUGCUCUGUCGUUUGCUCCAAAGGAUGAGCACGAGGCGCAAGUGCAGUUCGCGCUGGAACGUGGUAUCCCUGCGAUGUUGAAUGUUAUGGGAACCAAAAGAUUGCCCUUUCCUGGUUCUGUUUUUGACCUUAUCCAUUGUGCUCGUUGCAGAGUCCCUUGGCAUAUUGAAGGUGGUAAGCUUCUUUUGGAAUUGAACCGUGCUUUGAGACCGGGUGGUUUCUUUGUCUGGUCAGCCACUCCAGUCUAUAGGAAGAACGAGGAAGAUUCUGGUAUAUGGAAAGCAAUGUCUGAGCUUACAAAAGCAAUGUGUUGGAAGCUGGUGACAAUUAAGAAAGACAAAUUGAAUGAGGUUGGUGCUGCCAUUUAUCAAAAGCCAACUACAAAUGAAUGUUACAACAAAAGACCUCAAAACGAACCACCUCUCUGCAAGGAUUCUGAUGAUCAAAAUGCAGCCUGGAAUGUUCCACUUGAGGCAUGUAUGCAUAAAGUGACAGAAGAUUCAACGAAGAGAGGAGCAGCGUGGCCCAACAUGUGGCCGGAAAGGCUUGAGACUGCGCCUGAGUGGUUGGACUCGCAGGAAGGUGUUUAUGGGAAACCUGCACCAGAGGAUUUCACAGCGGACCAAGAGAAGUGGAAGACAGUUGUCUCAAAGUCAUACAUUGAUGGCAUGGGAAUAGACUGGUCUAACGUUAGAAACGUGAUGGACAUGAGGGCAGUCUAUGGAGGAUUCGCUGCCGCGUUGAAGGAUCUGAAGCUGUGGGUGAUGAACGUGGUUCCUGUGGACGCGCCUGAUACGCUUCCAGUCAUAUAUGAACGUGGUUUGUUUGGAAUCUAUCAUGACUGGUGUGAGUCAUUCAACACUUAUCCAAGGACUUAUGACCUUCUCCAUGCUGAUCAUCUUUUCUCCACCCUGAGGAAGAGGUGCAAGUUGGAGUCAGUAAUGGCUGAAGUUGAUCGGAUUCUGAGGCCAGAGGGAACAUUCAUCAUUAGAGACGACAUGGAAACGAUAGGGGAAGUUGAGAAAAUGGUGAAAUCCAUGAAAUGGGAGGUGAAAACUACGCAGUCUAAAGACAAUGAAGGCUUGCUUUCGAUUAAGAAGUCAUGGUGGCGUCCUAAACAAACUGAGACAAUCAAAUCGGCCAUAGCUUAAGGGCAAGUCAGAAAAGCAUAUCACACUUGAGUAUAGUUUCUUCAUUAAGUUGGUUCUUUCAAGCCUUUCACAAGGCUUUGCUUAUCAAAUUGAAUUAUUAGUUUAAAUAUGUGUAUUCCUUUGCACCAAAAAGUUGUAUACGUGAACACACUUUUUGAAAUCAUUUACCUCUUUCGAAUC